AUGAAGGAUAUUGGUCUUUGGACAAUUUUCAAAGUUGUUUUGAAUCACUCACAUCCUUGUUGUCCAGACCAUACUGAGAUGCUCAAACAACACAGGGAGCUUAGCAUGUUUGUGCGUCGCACCAUUGAAACCCACGAGAAAAUCGGAAUCAAACCGAGCAAAACUUACCAAUCAUUUGUGGCAGCAGCUGGCAGCCACCGUGAACUAGAAAUUUCCGAAGAAGACGAUGCUAAAGAAUUUGGGAAGUACCUAGUUAGAGAGAAGAACCAAAAUUUCUUCUUUGAGCUCAACCUUGAAGGUGAUCACUAUAUUAAACAUGCAUUAUGGGCUGAUGCAAGAAGCAGGGCUGCAUUUGAUUAUUUCGGAGAUGUGGUUUCAUUUGACACCACCUAUAACACAAACAGGUACAAUUUCGUUUUAUGUUCUUUUGUUGGCGUGAAUCACCAUGGCCAGUCGACACUUCUUGGAUGCACACUGAUAAAAAAUGAGGACAUCCAAUCAUUCAAAUGGCUAUUUGAGUGUUGGCUACGUUGCAUGGGAGGGAAGGCACCAAAAGGUAUUCUUACUGAUCAAUGCACAUCAAUUCAAAGGGCAAUUGAGCUAUGCAUGCCAACAACAAUUCACCGCUGGUGUAUCUGGCACAUCAUGAAGAAGAUCCCAAGCAAACUAAAUGGCUACAAGGGACACAUUCAUAUUGAACAAGAGAUGAGCCAUGUUGUUUGGAACUCGCACACAAAAGACGAAUUUGAUAGAAACUGGAACGAUUUCCUCACAAAGUAUGGUCUUGGCGGCAACAAGUGGCUUUCAGGUAAUUGA